AUGGAGAUCAGCAGCUGCCUUGCAGUUCUGGCAGUGUCUCUCCUGAGUCUGCAGUUCUUGAAGCUACAGUGGGCAAGGCGCCACUUCCCACCUGGACCACUUCCGUUACCUCUCCUGGGGACCCUGUGGUGCUUUGGCUCUGGAUGGCAUCAAGACACCCUCUCCAAGUUGUCCAAGGUUUACGGGAAGGUCUUCACCAUCUGGGUUGGGCACAAGCCGAUGAUUGUUGUGAAUGGCUUUCGUUUGGUGAAGCAAGUGCUCAGCAACUACUCGGAAGAAACCUCAUGUCGUGUAGUAACUCCCUUUGUCAGGGACACAAUGAAAGCAAAGGGUAUCCUGUUUUCAAGUGGCCACACCUGGAAGGAGCAGCGGCGUUUUGGGAUAUCUGUGCUCCGAUCGCUGGGCCUUGGAAGAAGAAGCAUGGAGUUCUGUGUGCAAGAGGAGGCUGGCCACAUGGUGGAGUUCUUCGCAAGCAAGAGAGGCCAAUCUGUAGACCCUAGAACCCCCCUCUUCCAUGCCUUCUGUAGUGUGAUCUCCAACGUAAUUUUUGGACACCCUUUCGACAUUGAAGACAAAGUGUAUCAGAAGCUGAUAGAAUGCAUUGAGUAUGAAGCACAUUUUUUCCUCUCCACAUUUCAUUUGUUGUACGAAGUGUUUCCGUGGCUGAUGUGCCGCCUCCCAGGACCCCACCAGAAGGCCUUCUCAUGCUUGGAGCACAUCCAUUCAUUUGGAAGGAGUGAGAUCAGAAGGCACAAGGAGAAGAGGGAAACAGAUGAACCGCAGGAUUUCAUUGACUUCUAUCUGGAUGAAAUAAAUAAAAAGAAGGAUGACCCCGAAUCGACCUUUGACGAAGCCAACUUGGUUCAUGUCAUUUACGACCUCUUCACAGCCGGGACAGAUACUGGUUCAUCCACUUUGUGCUGGGCUCUGCUCUUCAUGGUGGUUUAUCCAGACAUCCAAGAGAAAGUUCAGGCCGAGAUUGAUGCUGCCGUGACAUGUUCCCAACGCAUCUCCUAUGAGGAUCGGAUGAACCUGCCCUACACCAAUGCUGUCAUUCAUGAAAUCCAGCGCCACAAAUACGUUCUCUUGGUUGGAAAUUUCAGGCAAUGUGCAAAGGAUGCAACUAUUUUUGGUUUUCCCAUGAAAAAGGAUACUGUAAUUAUUCCUGAUAUAGCAUCUGCGCUAUAUGACCCUGAAGAGUGGGAGACGCCUUACCAGUUCAACCCAAACCACUUCCUGGAUAAAGAAGGGAACUUCUUCGUCAGAGACGCCUUCAUUCCAUUUUCAAUAGGGAAGCGUCUCUGUCUCGGGGAGAAUCUGGCGAGGAUGGAGAUUUUCCUCUUCUUCACUAACCUGCUGCAAGCGUUCACGUUACGGCUGCCUGAUGGCGUGCGGGAGAUCAACACAAAUGCUGUGAGAGGAGGGUUAGCUGUGCAACCGUAUCCUUACAUGAUCUGUGCUGUUCCUCGCAAGGCUACAGCUUGGAAGAGGGAACAAGAGGCUAGCCCAGAAAGCCUAGAAGCAGACGUCACCAAACCAAGCUGUUGUAGUUUAGUCGUUUAGUCGUGUCCGGCCCUUCGUGACCCCCUGGACCAGAGCACACCAGGCACUCCUGUCUUCCACUGCCUCCCGCAGUUUGGUCAAACUUAUGUUCGUAGCUUCAAGAACACUGUCCAACCACCUCGUCCUCUGUCGUCCCCUUCUCCUUGUGCCCUCCAUCUUUCCCAGCACCAGGGUCUUUUCCAGGGAGUCUUCUCUCCUCAUGAGGUAGGCAAAGUCUUGGAGCCUCAGAUUCACGAUCUGUCCUUCCAGUGAGCACUCAGAGCUGAUUUCCUUAAGAAUGGAGAGGUUUGAUCUUCUUGCAGUCCAGGGGACUCUCGAGAGUCUCCUCCAGCACCAUAAUUCAUAAGCAUCAAUUCUUUGGCGAUCAGCCUUCUUUAUGGUCCAGCUCUCACUUCCAUACAUCACUACUGGGAAAACCAUAGCUUUAACUAUACGGACCUUUGUCAGCAAGGUGAUGUCUUUGCUUUUUAAGAUGCUG